UAGGAGGAGUUUCUUUGAUAAAAGUAAAUGCCAGUAUGUAGGAGACUUCCUUCCAUGAGGCAUUGGCUUAGUAGUAAACAACCUUCUGAUUUAAAAUCAGCUCCUUAUAAUGCUGUGUGCAGUUCCUGGAGCAGCCAACAAUGGCCUUUGUCCGACUAAAUGAGGCCGUCUUCCUGGAAUCUGUCUUGGAGGUCCCAAUUCCUGUCAGGUUCAUCUUCGUGCUGCUGGGACCAAGCCAGGCCAACAUGGACUAUCAUGAAAUUGGUCGAUCAAUCUCCACCCUCAUGUCUGACAAGCAUUUCCAUGAGGCUGCGUACAUGGCUGAUGACCGUCAAGAUCUCCUCAAUGCAAUCAAUGAGUUCUUGGACUGCAGCAUUGUCAUUCCUCCAUCUGAGGUGGAGGGGAAAGACUUGCUUAAAUCCAUUGCCACCUUCCAGAAGUUGCUGCUGAGGAAGAGGAAGGAGAGGGAGCAGAAAUCCAUGAAGGAAGGAGAUGUCCAGGAAGCCAAAGAGCUGUGUGAAGUGAAGGCUGAGGAAGAAGAGGAGGAAGCUGAGGAUGACCCUUUGAAGCGGACUGGAAUAUUUUUUGGAGGUCUGGUUCGGGACAUAAAGCGCAGGUACCCCAAAUACCUCAGUGACAUCAGAGACGCCUUGCACAGCCAGUGUCUCGCAGCCGUUCUCUUCAUCUACUUUGCUGCUCUCUCUCCUGCCAUCACCUUCGGGGGACUCCUAGGAGAGAAAACUGAGGGUCUCAUGGGGGUCUCCGAGCUGAUAAUCUCCACCUCGGUUUUAGGGAUCCUCUUCUCCCUGCUUGGAGCCCAGCCGCUCCUGGUCAUUGGCUUCUCAGGGCCUCUGCUGGUGUUUGAAGAAGCUUUUUACAAGUUCUGCCAGACACAAGACAUUGAGUACCUGACAGGCAGAGUGUGGAUUGGUUUGUGGCUCAUCGUUUUCAUCUUCAUUAUUGUGGCAGCUGAAGGAAGCUUCUUGGUGCGCUACAUCUCACCCUUCACCCAGGAGAUUUUUGCUUUCCUUAUCUCUCUCAUCUUCAUCUACGAGACUUUCUACAAACUGUACAAGGUGUUUGCAGAACAUCCUCUGCUGAAGUUUUACCCACCAAAUGUGCAAAGCGGCCUGAACGCCAGCAUGCUCUCUGCAGAUGCCAUGUCACUAGGAAUCAGGAUGCAGCCCAACACUGCUCUUCUCUCCCUCAUCCUCAUGCUAGGCACCUUCUUCAUUGCCUUCUUUAUGCGCAAGUUCAAGAACAGCCGCUUCUUAGGAGGAAAGGCUCGGCGGAUCAUCGGAGACUUCGGGAUCCCCAUCUCCAUCCUAGUCAUGGUGCUGGUGGAUUACACCAUCACAGACACGUACACACAGAAGCUGAAUGUCCCAUCUGGCUUGUCGGUCACAUCUCCUCACAAGCGUGGCUGGUUCAUUCACCCCAUGGGCAGCAAUGGGACCUUUCCAUUGUGGAUGAUGUUUGCCUCUGCUAUCCCUGCUCUCCUGGUCUUCAUUCUUAUCUUCAUGGAGACACAGAUCACUACGCUGAUUGUGAGCAAGAAGGAGAGGAAGCUGUUGAAAGGCUCUGGCUUCCACCUGGACCUGCUGCUCAUUGGCACUAUGGGUGGGCUCUGUGCACUCUUUGGACUGCCCUGGCUGACCGCGGCAACAGUGCGCUCCGUCACCCACGUCAAUGCCCUGACAGUCAUGAGCAAGGCCAUCGCACCAGGAGAGAAGCCCAAGAUCGAGGAGGUGAAAGAGCAGCGUGUGACUGGAGUGCUUAUUGCUGCUCUUGUCGGCCUGUCUAUUGUGAUGGGGAACAUGCUACGGCAGAUCCCGUUGGCUGUGCUCUUUGGCAUCUUCCUCUACAUGGGGGUUACAUCUCUCACGGGCAUCCAGCUCUACGAGCGACUGCUCCUGAUUUUCAUGCCAUCCAAGCACCACCCCGACCACAUCUAUGUUGUUAAGGUAAAGACGUGGAGGAUGAAUCUCUUCACCUGCAUUCAACUGGCCUGCAUUGUGCUGCUCUGGGUGGUGAAGUCUACGGUGGCAUCUCUAGCCUUUCCCUUUGUUCUGAUCAUGACAGUGCCAUUGCGACGCUUUGUGCUGCCCCGCUUCUUCCACGACAGGGAGCUCAAAGCUUUGGACUCAGAGGAUGCAGAGCCGAACUUUGAUGAGGAUGGCCGGGACGAGUACAAUGAGCUGCACAUGCCUGUGUGAUCUGCAGCCUGCCCUCCCUGCACUUGGGACAGGCUGCUCACACCUGCUUGUCCCCUCAAGGACUAGUAGGAGACUUGCCACAAGUCAAGCAAUCUUGCCUGGACCAAUGAAUGGCUGAUCUAUAGCUCCGCAGAAGGCAGCCCCUGCUCCUGCUGCCCCAUCACUCACUCAGCAGAGGCUGCUCAUCUCUUUCCUCUCAGACCUGAGCGGUUGAGAGGUGCCUCUCACAUCCCAAAACUGUGUGGGUCCAGAGCGCCUGUGGGUCAGGGGUCUGCCCUGUCCCUGCUGGAGGCAGCCUGUGUUCAGUCUCUGGGUGGUGAAGGGGAGCCAUGCCAGCUGGUACCACUGUGUCCCACUCCAUUUCCACGAAGCUUGGGUGUCGUGCCAUGAUGCACUAUUGGGCAGUCACAGAAACAGGCUUGAUGCUAUCUGUGCACGGACAGUGGCCUCCGCACAGGCUGGGUGAGGACACCAGCCUCUAUGCUCAGCUAACAGAUGCCUUGCUCCUGCUCUCUCUGUUCUUGCAGCCAAAUUGCUGUCCCCUGCACCUGAGUCUGGAGUUCCCUGGGAAGCACUGCCAACUGAGCCCUUAGUGUGUGCUCCAGCACAGGGGCAAGGAGAGACCAGUGCUCUUCCCUGCUUGGCACAGCUUCCCCUGCACCCCUGGGACAGGCACUACUGUGUCCUGGCAUCUUGCAGAUGAGGGGUGCUCUGCAGGUCCUGUCCUCCAGGCUUUCAGCUGGAAGCUGCUCUCACAGGACUGGUUUCCACCCUUGCCCAGCAUUCAGGAGGCUAUUUGUUUCCUCAUACUUUUUCCAACACUCCUCCAAGUGCAGUUUUUCUUUUGGGAACAGAUGAACAAGUACCUUGAAGCCUUGGGUGCUUGCCCAACAAACAACAAAUGUUACAAGGGGUCCCAAUCCCCAUCUCCCUGUCCUUGAGCACAAACCACAUUUAGGAGCUAUGUAAGAGAUAUGGCGCUGGAGCAUGAAAUAGUCCUGUGGGUCCUCUCUCUUUCCCUGUGCGAUGAUCACUGGUUCUGGCUCCUCGCAGCCCUACGUUGAAGUCACAGAACCCCUUGGCCCCAUUUCAGCUCCCACGCUGGAGUGACCCUUCAUGUCCAUUCCAUUUGGGAAGAAGCAGCAUUCAGCGUGCCCAGCACUUAGCCCUGGCCUCCUCGGGCCUGGCAGGGAUGUGUCCUAGGUCUCCUGUCCUAGGAUCUCCAUUCAGAGCAGGCAGACUCAGCUAGCAGCUCUGGCAUAUGGGCAGCUCUGAUGUAGUGCCCUGAUGGUGGGAGUCAGAGUGGCCUUGUGGAGGAAGCUGGGAUACGUGUUCCAACCUUGAUCAGCCAUCAGAUUUGGGACAAGCUGCUGCCCCGGUUCCCGUUUAUCAGCCCAGCUCCUGUGGGGAAGGUGGGUCCCACACCUCCCCAGGAGGCUGCACAAACACCCACAGAGAGCAAAGCCCCUCCAGCAGCAGGCUCCAGCCCCACUGCCGCGCCCAUGCAGGGUCUCUGUGUGUCUGUGGCCGUGUGCAUCCUGUCCUCCCUGUGUAGUGUAGGAGGCUGUUGUCGCUGUGCAUUGUGACUCCUCUGACUGUAGUGGAAACAGCUGCACCAAUAAACUUCACAGGAACCAU